AUGAAAGAUCAAGACAUCGUUGGGGCUGCUCUGGCCUCGGUACUUCCUCAGUACAACAAGAUCUGGAUUCGGAUACCUCAUCUCCUUCAACUCAACUUGAUUCUUCUGAUUCCGUUGCUUUCUUCUGCAGUUGCGGGCUAUGACGGCUCUUUGAUGAACGGCCUCCAGUCCAUCUCGCAGUGGCAGAACUACUUUGGAAACCCUACAGGAUCAACCUUAGGGGUGGUGAACGCUGCUCAGUCGAUUGGCAGUGUUCUUGCUCUCCCUGUGACCGGUACUCUAUCGGACCGCAUUGGCCGGCGCUUAACAUUGCUCAGUGGCUCGAUUAUAAUCGUGAUUGCCUCAGCUAUUCAGGCAGCGUCGGUUCAAUAUGGCAUGUUCGUGUUCAGUCGAGUAUUAGUAGGCGUUGGGUCGAUGUUCGUCGUUCAUCCCUCGCCUAUGCUCAUCAGCGAGCUGGCGUACCCUACCCACCGCGGCAAAUAUACCUGUGCUUUCUGGACAAUGUACUAUUUAGGCGCCAUUCUUGCUUCAUGGACGUCGUAUGGGACGCAAAAGCACUUGCAAUCGGAUUGGUCAUGGAGGGUCCCUUCCAUAAUCCAGGCUGGGUUCCCCAUCGUUCAGAUAGCUUUCUGGUGGUGUGUUCCAGAGUCUCCCAGAUGGCUUAUCGCGCAGGGUCGGAAAGACGAGGCGGAGCGGUUGCUGGCACGCUUCCACACGGCAGGGGACAGCUCCCAUCCACUCAUACGAUUUGAGAUGGAGGAAAUUGUGCAAACUAUAGAGCUGGAAAGCCAGGCUGCCGAGAUGCACUGGUCCGCUCUUGUCAAGUCUCCUGGAAAUCGCAAACGAACCUUUAUCGCUGCGUGCAUAGGCACCUUUGCGCAAUGGAAUGGCGUUGCUGUUGUAUCCUACUACCUGACUCUUGUCCUCAACACCGUGGGGAUUCGCGACUCGGACACUCAAACCCUUAUCAACGGCCUUCUUCAGGUAUUCAACUUCAUCGCGGCCCUGGGAGCAGCGCUAUUUGUCGAUUAUCUCGGCCGGCGAACUCUCUUCCUCUGGUCUGCAGUGGGCAUGUUGCUUUCCUUCAUCAUCUGGACAAUAUGUUCGGCGCUUUUCGAUCAAACGCAAAACCCGGCCCUAGGCCACACGGUGAUCGGUUUUGUUUUCAUAUUCUACUUCCAUUAUGACAUUGCCUAUACACCACUGCUGCUUGGCUAUCCAACGGAGAUCUUCCCAUACUCCACUCGUAGCAAGGGCAUCGCCGUGGAUUUAAUGUGCGUUUACGGGUCUCUGAUUGUGCUGGCCUUCGUGAAUCCGAUCGCCCUGGAACGGAUUGGGUGGCACUACUACAUUUUCUUCUGCUGUUUCGAUGCAGUGGUCGUCGCCAUCACCUGGUUCUUCUUCCCCGAGACCAAAGGGCAUUCGCUCGAGGAAAUUGCGGCGGUGUUUGAUGGGCCGUCUGCGCGAUCGGGGGGUGUUUUCGAUAAAGGCGAUGGAGUGGUAGCCACGGCGGAGCACUCCGAGAAUGCUGAUUGA